GCGAUGUGUUUCUCAACGGAAGAAUUUUCCCGUAGUCCUGCCCACACACAUGUGUAAACAAGAAUCUGGCUCCUCCAAAGUCAGAAGCGUUAUAACCCAUGGGCUUACUGUAGCGUUUCCACUUUAACGACGGCCUAAUAUAAAACCUCAGAGCACGUAAACUUGUAUCUUGAUAAUCCAGAUUACGUUACACCAGGUUAGAUGGCGUCCUCGGCGUUACAGGAUGACAGCGACGACGGCAUGGACGAGUUCAUCGACAAAUUCAGGACGCACAAAUAUAAAAAUGCUUUUAAUGAAAGCAACUGGGAAGAGGAGUUUGAGAAAGUGCCGAUGUUCAUGAAAACAGCCCCUGAGGAGAUCGACCCCAAGACACACCCGGAGCUGGCUUGUCUUCAGUCCAUGAUCCACGACGAUGACAGGACUCCAGAAGAGCAAGCAAUGAGCCUCAAAAAUGAAGGGAAUGAGUAUUUCAAGGAGAAGAACUACAAAAAUGCCAUACUGUCAUACACGGCGGGUUUGAAAAAGAACUGCGGCGACCAGGAGCUCAACACUGUUCUGCUCACCAACCGGGCUGCAGCACACUUCUACCUGGGUAAUAUGCGUUCUGCACUGAAUGAUGCCACAGCUGCGAAGAAGAUCAGACCAGACCACCUCAAAGCUUUAGUCAGGGGUGCUCAGUGCUGCUUGGAGCUGCGUAACUUUGCGGAGGCCAUCCAGUGGUGUGACGCCGGCCUCAAGGCUCAUCCCACUGACAAGAAGCUGCAGGAGCUGAGAGCAGCAGCAGAUAAACAGAAGAGAGCAGCAGAAAGAGAUGCCAGGAAGGCCAAGGCCCAAAAGAAAAAGACACGCACUGAGAAAGAAGCUCUUCUGGCAGCUAUAAAGGAGCGAGGCAUCAAGCUCAUGCAGCACAACAAGGUUCGUCAGCACAGUUCAGACAGUGAGGAUGAGGAUGGGGGCUCCGCUAGAGGCCUAGCUGAGCUGAGCCUGGACGGCCUCAGCUCUCAGGAGGCCACAGGGGCUCAGGUCUUCCUGGACCCGCAGGGCUCCCUGCACUGGCCCGUUCUCUUCCUCUACCCCGAGCACCAGCAGAGUGACUUCAUCUCAGCCUUCUGCGAGAACUCCUGUUUCAUCGACCACCUGGCAGUGAUGUUUGGAGAGGAGCUUCCGCCUUGGGACACAGACAGGAAAUACCUCCCACAAAACCUGCAGCUGUUCUUUGAAGAUGAGGAGAAGGACACAUUGUACCAAGUCGACCCAGAGACAUCAUUACUGAAAGUUUUGCAGCAUAACAGGUGUUUUGUGAAGGCGGGCUCUCCCAGCUUCAUUGUUUUGGUAAAUGGCUCAUCAUUCAGAACGCAAUUUUUAACCGGAAAGAAAGUACAGCGAUUGUCAUAAUAUCGGUUUCCUCCCCAACUAUUGGACUUAUUACCACAUGAAUUCCUCAUACCAGUUCAAAAGGUCUGACUUUGUGCUUGAAAACAGUUACCUUGGGAAAAUCAGUGACAUUCAUUAGAGGAUUAAUCAUGUUCCAGGUCUACGCAGUAUUUCACUUGUUCAUGUAAAUUAUGACUUUAAAGAUCUAUAAAACUUUUGAAAGUAA